AGAAUGAUAAAACUGGUGUGCGGUACAGUCAUCCUGCAAAUCGGAUGAUUAGAGUAUUUUCAUCAUUAUCACGUCAAGAAUUAUUGGACCAUUUAUACAGCUGUAUUCCUGUGGACAAAGAAAAAUAUGAAAUCAAAUUGAAAUGGAAAUCUCCUAAUCUGUCGGGACGGUUAAUGCAGAGCAAUUAUAUCUUAGUUCCAAUUGAUGACGAUGAAGAUGUCGAAGAAAUGCUGACUUUUCCUUUGAAAUAUUCAGAAUGUCGAUUUUUAGAAUUAUAUAUUGAAAAGAAAAAUGUACCGAGCUUUGGAUACGAUAGUCGGCAUUCAACUCAAACGGACAAUAAUGUUGGGCUUUCCUCAUCUUUCGUAACUCUUAUGGUGCAAACCAAUAGUGUUGAUGCCGUAUUUGCAGAACAACAUUCCACUACUGUUGGUUCUAGUUGUUCAAUUAUUCAGAGUCCUAUGGUGACUUCUCCUAUAUCUUCUGCUACGGUGACUUCUCCUUUGCUAGAAGUAGUGGUAAGUGCGGGUGACGAUACUCAUAUAGGAAACGAUGACUGGGUAGUUGGUGGAAUAAAUUCUGAUAAUCUAGACUUUGAAUCAGAUGAAAGUGAAGAUGAAGAUUAUUGGAUGGAUGAGGACAGUAGCACUAAUGAUGAUGAUGGUGAAGAUGAGAAUGAUGAUGAAGAUGUUCAGGCUAAUAUUAAUGUGGGAGAAACUAAAUAAGAAGUAAGAACCAGUGUGGCAUUUGUAAGGAACAGGGUCAUGACCGCCGCCGCUGUUUUAUGAUACUUCAACACACUUCAACUUCAAGCAGUGGAAGAAACUAAAGGCUCUGAAGAUAUAUUUUCGUCAUUGUUUUAUGUAUUUAUGUGAGAUUGUAUUUGAAUAUAUGUAUUUAAUAUCCUGAGAUGAACUGAAUUUUGUGUUUAAGUUGUAUUGUGUGAUAAUAUUAUGUUUAAAAUAUAUUUCUCAUAAAA